AGUUUAUUGUACUUUUCUGGAUAUAUAUAUAACGUGUUUUGUUGUAAUUCAUUGAUAAAAUGGAUGCUGUUCCCCAACAAGCUAUUUUGGCACGUGUGCGAGAUGAGGUUGGCGUCAAGUGUCAAAAAUUGUUUCAAGAUUUUCUGGAGAGAUUUAAGGAAUUUGAGGUUGUUAAAUACUUGGAGCCAGCUAAAGAACUUAUCAGUCCAGAACGAUGUACACUAGAGGUGUCUUUCGAUGAUACAGAAGCAUUUAAUCAAAUGCUUGCUACAACUAUAAUUGAGGAAUAUUACAGGGUAUAUCCAUAUUUAUGUCAAGCUGUCAGCAACUUUGUUAAAGAUGUGGGAAAUUUACCAAAAGAUAAGGAAUGUUAUGUCAGUUUUACUGAUGUACCUAUUAGGCAUAAAUUAAGAGAAUUAAACACAUCGCUGUUGGGUACUUUGACUCGUAUAUCCGGACAGGUGGUACGAACCCAUCCUGUUCAUCCAGAAUUAGUCCUUGGUACAUUUAUUUGUAUGGACUGUAAUGCGUAUAUUAAAAAUGUAGAGCAGCAAUUUAAGUUUACAAAUCCAACAAUCUGUUCUAAUCCAGUUUGUAGCAACAGACGCCGUUUCCUGUUAGAUGUAGAUAAUUCAAUAUUUGUCGACUUUCAAAAAGUGAGAAUCCAAGAAACGCAAGCUGAACUUCCUCGAGGUUCUAUACCUCGCUCUCUUGAAAUUAUUCUGAGAUCUGAGAUAGUUGAGACAGUGCAAGCUGGUGACAGAUAUGAUUUCACUGGAACUCUUAUAGUGGUACCAGACGUGGGAGCAUUAGCUUUGCCAAGUGCUAAGGCUGAAAUGGGACCAAGAACCAGGAAUAAUGAGCAGAGGGAAGGUGUAACUGGUCUUAAGGCGCUUGGUGUUAGGGAACUGACAUAUAAAAUGGCAUUUCUUGCCUGCAGCGUUACUAAUACGAGUGCAAGGUUUGGAGGUACAGAUGCAAUGGAAGAAAUUUCGCAAGAAGCGAUGAAGAAACGGAUGACAGAAGCAGAGUGGAAUCGCAUCUACGAAAUGAGUCGCGAUAGAAAUUUAUACAAAAACAUAGUUUCUAGCCUCUUUCCCGCUAUACAUGGCAACGACGAAAUUAAGAAGGGAAUUACACUGAUGUUUUUUGGCGGUGUAGCAAAAACUACAGAGGAAGGCACGUCGCUGAGAGGAGAUAUCAAUGUUUGCAUUGUCGGUGAUCCCAGUACCGCCAAAUCUCAAUUCCUCAAAUGUGUAUCCGAUCUUUCGCCCAGAGCAGUUUACACGUCUGGAAAGGCAUCGACCGCAGCUGGUUUGACGGCUGCAGUUGUACGAGAUGAAGAAUCUUCGGACUUUGUCAUAGAAGCUGGGGCAUUGAUGCUCGCUGAUCAUGGUAUCUGCUGUAUCGAUGAAUUCGAUAAAAUGGAUCCAAAGGAUCAAGUUGCGAUUCACGAAGCUAUGGAACAGCAGACAAUUUCAAUAACUAAGGCUGGUGUAAGAGCAACUUUAAAUGCUCGAACUUCUAUACUAGCAGCAGCAAACCCCAUCGGUGGACGAUAUGACAGGAGAAAAUCAUUGCAGCAGAAUGUACAAUUAACCGCACCUAUUAUGUCGAGAUUCGAUUUAUUCUUUGUGGUGCUGGAUGAAUGUAACGAAAUUGUCGAUAACGCAAUUGCUAAAAGAAUUAUAGAUUUACAUUGUGAUAACUUGAAUGAUCUUCAAGUGGUAUACCAACAAGAUGAGAUUAUCAGAUAUAUCAAUUUUGCUAAACAGUUUAAACCCAUUUUAAGUCAGGAAGCUGCUGAGCUUUUAGUCGAAAAUUACACUGUUCUCAGACAAAGAACAGGUAGUGGAAGCGGCAAAUGGAGGGUCACCGUGAGGCAGUUAGAGAGCAUGGUUAGAUUGUCCGAAGCAUUGGCGAAAAUAGAAUGUAUGGACGAAGUAACAAUAAAGCAUGUGAAAGAAGCGAAACGAUUGUUACAGAAAAGUAUAAUUACGGUAGAACAGCCUGAUAUAGAUCUCGAAGAAGGCAUGAACCAUGGAAACUUAGGUAUGGAUAUUGAUGAUGAGCCACCACCGCUCAUGGCAGCAUUUAACGCAGGAGGCAGCGCAGGAGGCGACGCAGGAGAUGAUAAUGCACCACCUUCAACACCGUCUAACGGAACGUCGCACGAACCGCCAAAGAAAAAAUUAACUAUGACCUUUGAGGAGUAUAAAAAUUUGUCGAAUAUGCUGGUUCUUCAUAUGAGAAGCGUGGAAGAGAGCGAAGAUGACACUAGAGGUGGCAUACGGAAAUCUGAAUUAAUUGCUUGGUAUCUUGAUCAAAUACCAGAUCAACUAGAGUCAGAAAAAGAGUUACUAGAUCAGAAAAACUUUAUUGAAAAGAUUAUUGAUAGACUAACAUACCAUGAUCAAAUUAUAAUACCUUUAACAACGACCAGCUUAAGAAGUAGAGAUGAAGAAGAUGAGAAUCCUUUACUUGUUGUUCAUCCCAAUUAUGUCAUGGAUAUGUAAUUUUAAGAAUUG